CUAGCAGCUCCGCUUUAUUCAAACGAGAGAACUGUUGUGUAGGUUUAAACAGUGCACACAAACGGGCAACCAUGAGCAGCACGGUGCGAGUACUUCCCGCUAGCCGGAGGCAGCAGCUUCAGUAUAAAGAACAAAGGAGAAAAAAAGUGGAAGAAUAUUUGUUAAAGAAGAUGGCCCUUACAGAGCCUCGCCAGUCAUUACAAAGCAGGUCUCCUUUAACAGAGAAAAAUAACUUAGUAAACCUUCCCAACCAAACAGAAGCCAAUAAACUGAAGCAGACUAAUCUGGUUAAUAAAGAGAAUAUUGUAUCUGCCAGAAGCAAAAGUGCGCCUGUUCAUAGACAAAGCAGCCUUCAGAGAUCUGCUUUGCACAUAGAUCUUGCAGUAAAAAAGAAUCCUAUUUCUGUUAAUACAGUGGUAACAAAAGGAGAGAGGAAGGAGACUAGAGGCGUGUCCGUUAGCCAGUCUUUCUUAAAAUCAAAAUUUUUUAAAGAAAAACAGCUGAUAGAUGAAAAAAUAAAUGCUAAGGCUAACAAACUACCAGAGAAACCUGCUAAACCCGUGCUUGGUACAUAUCGUGGUAAGGUUGUCCAAUCAAAGAUUAACUCCUUUAGGAAGCCCUCUGAUGGCAAUGAGACCAACAGUUCUACACAGGAUAAAAAGCAGCAAGUAAAUUCUUCCAAGACUGCACCCAGCAGACCAACCUCAAAUGUUGCUGUUAAGCAAGUUCCUAAAUCUGCUGCAGUUGGAUCUACCAGGCAAAGUGUCCCUGCUCCUUCCAACACAAGAUCACAGUUGAGAACAUCUAAUGUUGUAAAGAACAGGCCAGAACUCGGAACUACAAAGGUCUACACUACUUCACAAAGCCAAAUAAAGUCUGUUGGUGUAAAUGUACUGCAGAAACCAGGUCCUACCAGAAACCCAAAGCCAACUGGGCACGUGAUGCCACAAACUGAUUUGAACAGGAGGAGGACUGUGGCUGGUCCACAAAGUGCAAGGCCUGCUCCUCAGCAUAGAAAAACUACUUCACAGCCAGUUGCUCCUGUUAAUAAAUUCCCAAAAGCAAAAGAGACUGCUGAAGAACGAAAGGCUCGUCUAGCUGAAUGGAAAGCGGCAAAGGUAACUAAGAGACCUCCCACAAAAGUGAUGACGUCCAAUACAUGUGAAGUGUCGCAAGAGGAACCAGAGAGUAAACAGCCUGUGCAACAGAAGGAGCCCACUCCAAAAUUAUUCUGGGCAACCAUGGCAGAGGAAGAUGAGCAGGAGCUCUUCACUAUAAAAGUUCACAAAAUGUUUGCUGAAUGCCAGAAACUAAUAGAUGAGAAUUUACCAAAAGAAGAGAUUCUUGGCAUAUUGGAGACUCAGAUCCAAAGUGUUCCAGAAGCCAAAAAGAUUUCGAAGUACUGGGAAUGUCUAGCACAUCUUGAGAAACGUGAAGGCCAACUUGAUAAGGUCAUUUCAAUCUGCGAAGAAGCUGUAACAGCUGGUGCCCAGCCACUAGAUGAGCUGAGAAAUAUUCUUGCAGAUGCUUUGGAAAGCCUUAAACUUACAUCUGAUGCAGUGGAACACUCCCAAGAGAUUGUACCUAAAGAAGAAAUAAAAAAGGAGGAAUCGGAGUUACAAAUAGAGCCUUUAAAACCAUCUUUAGUAGAAGCUACUAAAGGGAGAAAGUCAAAAAGGAGAAACGGAAUCAAAAAUGAGUCAAAGGAGAAAAAACUUACUUGGGAUAUUGAUGAAAAGCCACCUGUGACACCAGAGAACAAUGGUCCUACAUCAGUUAUAAAAUUUAAUGUACGAUCAACACCAUACUUACAAAGUGUCAAGAAAAAGAUUCAUUCCGACGGUGAGCCCCUCAUCAAGGAUCUGAAGUUUCUAACGCCAGUGAGACGUUCCACCCGUAUUGAGCGCAACUCACAGCAACUGCCUGACAUGCUGAAAGACCAUGAUCCUUGUGUAUCUACACUCUCUCAACUAGGGGAACUGGGAAGUGACACUCAGGCUUAUAUAUACAGGCAGAAUGAUGCCAUCCAGGAAGUGACUGUUAAAAAUCUUCCAAAGUAACUUGUCCAGUGACAUUUUUAAUGUAUCCACGCUUGGCUUGCUGAGGAUCCAAGAUUUCUGUAAAGUGUACAUAACUGUCAGCGUUUCUCGCUUGUAUUUUUGUAUGUUUUGCGUUUCCAGUGACUCUUUUGGUUAAGCUGUUUUGAGGAGAAUGCUUUACUUUAAUACAUUCUGUGAAGCAGAACUUUCUCAUCACAUUAGGUUGACUGAACUAUUUGGCAUUAUUUUAAGAUAAUCCCUACUUGGGAGGCAGUUUAGCAAACCUGGAUAUGAGCUAAUUCACCCCUCCCCAUAGAGACAUCAGUGAUGGUUUUUGGUAGGUGUAAGACCAUAAACGUUGUUUUUCUAGAAGCACUUUCUUCCUUAAUGUGAUCUUGAGGUGAUGGGGUUGUGUUAACCCUGCAUUACUGUGCGUUUAUCCUUUAUGCAGGGGUUUAAACGCACAGUAGAGGUGCUACUCGGGACCUGCACAGCACUGCUGGUUCCAAGUGGAACCCACCGAUGAUCCAACCUGCAACGCUACACGGGCACUGAAUGGAACUACUACUUUAUCUAAUUGGAGCAUGUAAAUUUUCAACUAUUAUGGCCCUUUAACUUAGGGGAAUAGUGCUUAUGUGCGACUGCUCCAGCACAUAUGCGUUUAUAGCACUUGUACUGGUGCAAUUUAGUAAAGCCCCUUUCAUAAUUUAUUAACUUUUUUUUUUUUUUUUUAAACAGGAUUUAGACUUUUUUUAAAUGGUUUGCAAACAUUUGAAGGCUGAUAAAUCCAUAAAAUUAAAGUUCUCAACUUUUUAUAUAAUAUGCAGUAAUUCAAAUGCUAGUGCAAGAUGUAUCUUCUGUUAUAAUUUCGCUUAAACAGAAUAUCAGAAUAUAUUGCCAAUGAAUACUGGUUCACUAUUCUAACUGAGAUGCAAAAUACAUGGGAUUUGGGAUAAACUGAAUGCUGAGAAAAAAAUAUAUAUAUUUAUUUUCAGCUGUAAAUAAAAGAUUCAUGUUAAUUGAUUUA